GGUGUCGAGUUGCCCUCAGUAUACUGAGGAUCGUGAGCAUCGACGCCUGUGAUAAAACUAGUCUAACCAAGUGCCGCAACAAUGACAAGUAAAUAAUUUAGUGCUUUGCCUGCUUGUGAUUUGGAUUUUACAAGUGAUUUUCCUUUUCAUGUGUUGCUAUUCCUAGAAGCAAACCAAAAUGGAGCAGUUCGAAUCACUGCUAACUUGCUGCGUUUGUUUGGAUCGAUAUAGGAAUCCAAAGCUGUUACCAUGCCAGCACAGCUUUUGUAUGGAGCCAUGUAUGGACGGCCUUGUCGAUUAUGUCCGGAGACAGGUAAAAUGUCCAGAAUGUCGUGCAGAGCAUCGUAUUCCUUAUCAAGGAGUUCAAGGAUUUCCAACAAAUGUUACUUUACAAAGAUUUUUGGAACUCCAUGCUCAAAUUGCUGGAGAACUACCCGAUCCAACAGCAGGGCAAGUUAUGGAAAGAUGCAAUGUUUGCUCAGAAAAGGCAUAUUGUGCGCCUUGUGCACAUUGCGACAAAAAAGUUUGUGAAGAUUGCAAAUCUGCUCAUAUGGAAGUAUUACGAAGAGAAAUAGCUAGAAUCAACAAUCAAAUUCGGCGUGGUGUAAACCGAUUGCAAGAUAUUUUGGCUGUAGUUGAACGAAAUACAGCAAAUCUUCAAACAAACUGUGGUGCAGUAGCUGGAGAAAUCGAUGAAAUUCAUAAAAGACUUGCAAAAGCUCUCAAAGACCGAACUGAUUUUUUAAGGACAGAAGUUGACCGAUAUCUUGCCACUGAACUUAGAAAUCUAACGCAUCUUAAAGAUAAUUUAGAGUUAGAACUAAGCAAUAUUCAGAGUAAUUGUGAUCUAGCUGAUAAAUAUAUGAAUGAUGACGUCGAUUGGGAGGAUACCGAAUUAGUUGAUACGAAAGAAAUUUUUCUGAAAACGGUAGAAUUUCUGAGAAACUUCGACUAUGAAGCUGGUGAUUACAAUCGCAGAGUUCGUUUCAUAAUGACUCAUGAUCCAAACCAACUAGUUAUGCAUGUUGCUAGUUAUGGAGAACUUAACAUAACAAAUCCAAAUGCGUAUUCAGCUGGCUUACAACAAUCUCAAGGUCUUACUAGAUCUAAAAGUGAUCAUCGUUUAGCGACACAAUUCCGUCAACAAGAAGAAGCCAAGGGUUAUAUGGAAAAUGAUGAACCCAUAUUAGGUGGACGAAAAUUUGGAGAACGUCGGCCUCCUCCACCGGAAAAGCACACGCGAGACUAUGGUGCUACGGAUGAUUACAGCGGUUAUGAAUCAGAACACAGACCAUCUCGUCGUUUCCGUUCACGUUUCGUAAGAAGUCAUCAACAAGAUAACGAUUCUGAUACCGAACAAAGCACGAGGACUGUAAAAUCUGAACACAAGGAAAAGGAAAAGGAAAAAGUUGCAGAUACCGAAGAUGCAACACGUGGUCCACUAAGUGGAAUAUUUAGGCUUAGCGAUUGCCCACGUGUAAUACAACGGAUACUUGACGUAGACAGUGGAAAGAAAAAAGAAAAAAAGGAGCCACCUCCGCCGCCAAAACCAGUGCAACCAACCCCACAACCUCAACGUCGGCCACCACCAGUAAGACAACAGAGUGAAGAUGACGAAAUCUCAAGAUUAAAGAGACAAAAUAAAGGUGCAGCGUCAUCACAAGAACCAGAACGCCUUCCUUCACGACCUGUUGAAGAAGAGAGACCCGCUGUUAAUCGUAAACCACCUACUCCAGCACGCGAGGCAUCCAGUGAAGGUGAAUCCGAUGAAGAAUCGGUUGGAUCUCUUCAAAGAAAUCAGCGUAAGAGCUCAGUACAAACACAAAAACCAACUGCUACGAGAAGGCCUUCUGCGUCUGAUACAUCUUCCACUCAUCGACCCGCGGCUCGUGCUACUAGUACUGAAUCUAGUGCAUCUACCGAAAGUUCCGGCUCGGCGGUAAAACAUACAGGUGCAAUUCUAUCAAUCGCGGAGUUGAAAGCCAAGUACAGCAUUGAUGGGCCUUCUCCAAAACCGAUCUCUCGUAUUUUGUCCGCAGGCAAUGAGAGAUCUGCUCCAGUGACAACAAAUGGAACAGUUAGCGGCGCCCAACGAGUUCAAAGUCGAUUCGUUGGAUCCCAACGACCGACACCUGCCCCGGCGCCCGCCGAGCCGGCUCACGAAGACUCCGAUACAAGUUCUGAAGAGGAAACCGACUCUUCUGAGGAGAGCGAGGAGGAGCCUGCAACGCAAAGGAAGCCCGAGAGUCAGGCGAUGGCGCGUAGUGACAUUGGCCCCCUUCUAGCAAGAAGUACCAAUGCUCGAAAUGAUGCCCAUGAUAACAAAAGUAAAGAAACACCAGCUCAAACGCGAUACCGAACUCGCCAAUCAUCGCAAACGGAAGAGGAGCCGUCUCCUCGAUACGGUGCCAGCAGUUCAUCAUAUAGUAGUCGCUAUGGUAGUAAGCCUAAAGACGAGGAAUUAACAUCUUCUUUAGAUGAUGAAUCAAAAUACCCCACGGCUCGGUCCAGGUACCUUGCCUUAAAAGAACGACGCAAUCGCCUUGCACGAAGUAAAAGUAGCCAUACUGGCUUCGGAGCAGGUGACGAUGAUGACCAAGAUGAACCAGUUUCUCCUACCACUGCUUCACCAUCAGCUUAUCUUGCUGCUCGAUACGGCUCCGGCACUGGAGGUUCGGAGUUGUCUCGUAGCCGUUCUUCUCAUGCGCUCAAGUCUAGAGAAAGCUCCCCCGAACGUCCAGUUACUGGAGAGAAGGACGGAGCAGCCUUAAGCUCUUGGGCGAGAUACUUAAAAAAUAAAUAUGGUUCGCGAGGUAAAGAUCGUGAUACAAGCGGGACUUCCUCGAGUUCAUCUCGUCGCCUGUCUCUCGGGUUGCCAUUACGCUCAGCUAAUGAGCUUGCCAGUUCUGAUGACGAUUCAAAAAACGCGGCAGGCUCCCCCAUCUCCCCUACGGCGGCUACAGCAGCGGUAGCAGGUUUCGCAGCAGCAGGUUCCUCCCCUAGGAGCCAGUAUCUGCAGAAGCGCCGUUUACAAUUCAGUGUUGGGAGUCGGGGGAGCGAACCCGGUUGUUUCACUUGGCCACGUGGUAUCGCUGUAGGACCUGAAAAUAUAAUGGUCGUGGCUGAUUCAUCUAAUCAUCGUGUUCAAGUAUUUGAUUCAAAUGGUAUAUUUAUAAAAGAGUUCGGUCAGUACGGUAGUGGAGAGGGGGAGUUUGACUGUCUGGCUGGCGUCGCCGUCAAUCGUAUUGGACAAUAUAUCAUAGCUGACAGAUACAAUCACAGAAUACAGGUAUUCGACCCAGCCGGUCGGUUUUUGAGGUCAUUCGGUAGUCAAGGAACUGGUGAUGGCAAGUUCAACUAUCCCUGGGGUAUCACCACAGAUGCACUCGGAUUUAUAUAUGUCUGUGACAAGGAAAACCAUAGAGUACAGGUAUUCCAAUCCGAUGGCACAUUUGUGGGCAAAUUUGGCAGUUUCGGCUCGAAGUUAGGACAACUGGAACACCCUCACUAUAUAGCUGUUUCAAGCACAAAUCGUGUUCUUGUAUCUGACUCCAACAACCACAGGAUCCAAGUCUUCGAUGUGAAUGGACGUGUCCUUUCUUCAUUUGGAGAAGAAGGCUCUGAAGAUGGACAGUUUAAAUUCCCAAGGGGUGUGGCAGUGGAUGACCAAGGUUACAUAGUUGUAGCAGAUUCUGGAAACAACAGAAUUCAGAUCUUUCACCCUGACGGGACGUUCCUUAGAGCUUUUGGGUCCUGGGGUUGCGGUGAUGGGGAAUUCAAAGGGCUGGAGGGUAUUGCCGUCAUGUCUGGUGGAAACAUCAUUGUUUGCGAUCGGGAGAAUCAUAGGGUGCAAGUUUUUUAACGAUAUAGUGUUCCAAUGUUGGGUUUCGAAGAUUCUUUGCGUAACAAAUUUUAUAUGUAAAACUGAUAAAGUAAAUAUUCGUUGUUCUUAUAUUCUUCGAAAGCAUAUAAUAAUUGUUAAAGCACAAUCUAUAUUUAUUUUAAAACAAUUAAUCAGAGAGUUGUUCUCAUUAUUGCGUCAAGAAACAAUGCGUUCCUAAAUAAAAUAUCAUUAAUCUUUUGCCCUUCAUUCUUGUUUAUUGUAAAAUGGAAUAAACCUUCUGAACUCAUGCAACAUGAACAUCCUUAAAGUUAUACGAGAUCUCGUUAUUUAAGGCAUUUGGAGGAAUUAUAAUACGUUAUGUAUUUUUAAUAUCUCUUACAAAUAUAUACAAAAGCCUUUUUAGAAAUACGAUGCGAUUGAAUAGUUUCUUAAUUUAUGUACCUAAAUACAACGAACACUGAGUCUUUUCCAAAAUCCGACAGCGACCGCAUGAAUACAAAUACAUGAACGAUUUUCAAAUAAUAUAUUAACAUUGAAAUUUCGUGAGACCGUUCUCAUCUGUGUAUCAAUUGAUCUUAAUAAAUUUGUUUUGAUAACAAAAUACAUUAACAUGUCAUACAGCGUUUGUUUCACAAAUGUAUCAUCAUUAUCAUAAUUUUCAUUAUAUAUCAAUUCUACUUUUCUCUCUGUAUUUGCCGAAAUUUUCGAUAAAUCGAAUAUAUUUUUAUUUAUAACGUUGUUAUAUUAGUAUAAUUUUUCUAGUCAUUUAAAUGUAAAAACCAAGUAUCACCAAAAAUGUUAGAGCAAGUAUUUAUAAAUUCUUUUUUUUUUUUGUUUAAUAAAUAGUGAGGCUUAUAUUGUGUUUAUGCAAAAUGUUUUAUAUGAUAAUUCACAUUUUAUAUGGUUUUCAAGUUUAAAUAAAGUGAUUUGUUAUUGAA